AAGGCUGCCUAGAUCUGUUUUGACAAGCGAUGGUGCAGACAGUACCAGUAGGAGAGAGGGAGCAUAAGUUGUUAGCAACAAACGCUCUGUUUAUUUAAGACAAGAGAGUGUAGCAAAUGACUUCUUACAGACUUCCGCGCAGUCAUCAAGUGAGGAUACUUAGUUCGACGUAUCUGAGGUCAUAUAAGUGUCUGCAGCUAUUCUAGCUUGUAGGAGAUACCUCGCUGGCAAAGUGAAUCUGGAGAGAGAAAGCCGAGAGUGGCAAGGCGAAUAUAGACUUACAUUGAAAUGAGAGAACGCAGAGCAAGUUAGCACAGAUGGGUAGAUUGUGCGAUGAUCGUCCAGGGAGACAGGAAAGAAGACAUGUGUAAAAUAACAACACAGCACGGUCUUCUUUUUCCAAACACCAUGACCCACUGAGUAGCGCAGGGGGAGCUCAGAGACGCAUUCAGAUCAGAGGUGAUUGUUCUACCUGUGCGUGGGGGGUUGCUGGUAGGGGCAUUUUAGCUAGCUUGCUAGCUAGCUUGAUGCCUCAGUUUUGGUAGAUUGUCAACCAACUUACUAGUGGAUGACUCGCUAGGGAGUAGAACGGCGGGAUGAGACGAGUGCCUCGCAUGGGAAGUUUAUAGUUCUUGUGGUAUUAAGACUUGUGCAACCAGCUGACGUGUUAGCUGUUGAAUAUAUUGUUAGCUAACAUCGGCUACCACUAAAGCUAAUGGAGUUAUAUGCGUUGUACAGCUAGCUAGAUGGAAAGCACAGGUUGCUUUGUUAGCGAGCUAGCUGUCUAAUAGGUUAGCAAGAGUUGAGGUAGCUGGCUAAAAAGGUGCGACACAGGAGAAAUAUUUUGUUUGGUUUUUAUUCAGACCGUUCUGGGUUUUCAGCCUUAGCUCAGUGUAACGUCAGUAAAAAUCAAGACAUCGUUAACAAAAGGACGAAAAACCCGAAGACGGAGAAAGGCUGGUGCUGGAAUUUGGAGGAACAUCUACAGUGGCAAACAUGAAGUCAGAUCGAGACACCUCGGAGGAGUUCUUUGAGUACGACGCAGAGGAGUUCCUGGUGCUCCUGUCGCUGCUGGUAACCGAGGGCCGGACUCCAGAAUGUUCCGUGAAAGGACGCACGGAGGGGCUCCACUGCCCGCCGGCGCAGUCCGCCCUGCCAGUCCACUCCAAGCACGAGUGCAGCGACAAGGUGGCACAGUGCUGCCAGGCGAGAAGGACGCGCUCAGAGGUCAUGCUCCUCUGGAGGAACAACAUCCCCAUCAUGAUCGAGGUGAUGCUGCUCCCAGACUGUUGCUAUAGCGAUGAAGGUCCCACCACGGAAGGGAAUGACAUCACCGACCCGGCCAUCAAGCAGGACGCGCUGCUGCUGGAGCGGUGGACCCUGCAGCCCGUUCCCAGGCAGAGCGGAGAUCGAUUCAUCGAGGAGAAGACCUUGCUGUUGGCGGUGCGGUCCUACGUGUUCUUCUCCCAGCUCAGCGCCUGGCUGAGCGCUUCGCAUGGCAUCGUUCCCAGGAACAUUCUGUAUAGGAUCAGCGCGGCUGAUGAGGAGCUGCUGUGGGACUUCUCCCAGCCCCCCACUGAGCACGCCUUCCCCGUCCCGAACGUCUCCCACAGUGUCGCCCUCAAAGUCCGCGUCCAGUCCCUCCCCCGACAACCCAACUAUCCGGUCCUCAAGUGCAGCAUUCACACCAGCCUGACCUUCUACGGGAAGAAGAGCUACGAGCAGGCGAAGCCCAGGCAGGGCGGCGACGUCACCGACGUCGACCAGCGAGGGUCGCCGUCCCGCCAUGCCCGGUCCCCUGCCCCGCAGGCCAUGGCCCAUUCGCGCCAGUACCCGCAACUGGAAGACCUUCCCUCUGGCAAAGCGGUGAAAUGGUUGUAUUCCAGACUCCACGGUUCCCCAGAGGGCUACGGACCGUCAGUUAAUGGGGCAGAAGGCUAUAAGAAGCCCACUCCGGAGGAAACCCUCAGAGCCUCCAAGUCUCCCUCCCUGCUAGAUCCGCUGGCUCCCCCCAGGCCUGGCAGCAGGCCGCCCCUGAUGGAGACCAACCCCCUGAUUGGCUCCCUGCUCCAGGAGAGGCAGGAGGUCAUCGCCCGCAUCGCCCAGCAUUUAAAUUACUGUGACCCCACCGCCCCCCACAUCCCCGACAGCCUGUUCGCCAGUCCAGAGACGCAGGGCCUCAAAUCCCUCUGGACGCCCCGCGAGGACGAGGACCUGUUCAGGAAGAGCAAGGAGUCCUGCGGCUCAGGCCAGGCCCAAGCCCCUGGCCGGGACCCCCCACAAGGCGCCCGUGAUGGGAGGAGCUGGACUUCUCCCUCAGACACGCCCCAGGGCUUUGCCGGCAAAGCCAGGACGGACGACGAGCCGAGACCUUCCUCUAAACCAGCCGCCUGCAGGAAGCUGCUGCUCCUGGACCCUACGGAAGCUUCUAGAAUAUCAGAGGCCGUACAGGACAUUUCCAGGCUGAUCCAGGACACCUUUCAGCAGUCCCAGAACAGGUGUACCAGCCUUCUGCACUGCACAUACAAGACCCACAAAGAGGGCAACGCACCAAAUAAAGGCGAGAGUGGCCAGAGCAAAGGGAGCGUGCCGCAGCAGGGCUCCUCUCCAGACACCCUUACUGCGAACAGCGGCGACUCGCACAUUUGCACAGACUCCACAAUUAGCAGAAUUAAUGUCGCCGACAGCACACGACAAGACUGCCCCCACCGACCUCAGGACCCCACCUGUGUAAAACUUGAAGACGCUGCGACGAAUCCGGAGCAGAAUGCGCCGCCCGGUUUCCAAAACGCCAAAAAGGGCCCUGGCGCCCUGCCGAGCGGUGAACGGUGUUCUCAACGGCCUGAACGCUCCUCUCCGAAAGACGUCACCCUUUCUGAAGACCGCGAGAAGCCCGAUCCACAGGGCGGUCGUUGGCGGGACGAGAACAAGGACCCUUCUGCACGUGGCACUUUGGGCAGCCUUAAGCAGAGAGCCAGCGGACUGGAGCGGGCGGUCCACGCGGAGGGGGCGCAGAACGGGGACGUCCUGAGACCAAACAGCCAGUCUCCCUUGAAACCUUGCAAUAUUUGGAAAAAGCAGAAUCGUCACUCCCUGGAUGGGACUGCCAUAAAAGCCUUCCACCCCCGCACCGGACUACCUCUGCUCUCCAGCCCUGUUCCUCAAAGAAGAACACAGACUGGCUACUUUGAUUUAGACACAUCACUAAUUCGCUGCAAUGGCUCGCCAUGGGCUGCCAACAGAAGAGUAUGCUUGAACAGACACAGUGACGCAGAUGAGCCAAACCAGCAGCUGUUCAGCACAAGCGCUCCCCCCGCGAGCCUCAGCCUUUUGGGGAACUUUGAGGAGUGUGUGCUGAACUAUCGUCUGGAGCCACUAGGAACGAUUGAGGGCUUCACUGCAGAGGUGGGUGCCAGUGGAACGUUUUGCCCCAGUCACAUGACCCUUCCAGUGGAUGUGUCAUUCUACAGUGUCUCCGAUGACAACGCACCUUCCCCAUACAUGGGGGUAAUAAACUUGGAGUCCCUUGGUAAAAGGGGUUAUCGAGUCCCUUCUUCAGGAACAAUUCAAGUGACCUUAUUCAAUCCCAACAAGACGGUGGUGAAGAUGUUUGUGGUGGUCUAUGAUCUGAGAGAGAUGCCUGCCAGUCACCAAACAUUCCUCAGACAGAGGACCUUCUCUGUUCCCGUAAAAAGGGAAACCAAUGGACAUGUUAGCAGGAAGACCCUCCCCCUGAGACAGGAGCGGACCUUGCGUUACCUCGUUCAUCUGAGGUUCCAGAGCUCAAAAUCUGGAAAGAUCUACCUCCACAGAGACAUCCGGCUCCUGUUUUCACGUAAAUCAAUGGAAGUGGACAGUGGUGCUGCCUAUGAGCUCAAGUCGUUUACAGAGUCCCCUGCUGAUCCUCGGUUCUCUCCCAGAUGCUAACCCUGUCUACAGUCUAUGGACCUUACAUUAAAUGAAAAUCUUGACCUACAUAUUUGCACAUGUGCACACAUAUAUGUGUAUGUGUGUGUAAGCCAGUUGGAAAUAGCUUGGUGGGCUAUUGGAAAGACCCAGAAGCCUUUUAAUCUAAAAUAAUUUAAUGGUUGGUUUGAUAGGUUCAGUGCAUCAUUUCUGAUCAGGCUGAUCAAAUCAAUUUUGAUUACCAACCAAUUCCAGUUUAAGACCUAAAUAUUUUCUUCUGAGGAUAUGCAGCAAAAUGCAACUGACCAUGAGCCACUUUGAUGAAGAAAAUAAACAAUCAAGUGAGACAAAGACAAGAUGACAUCAAAAGAGCACUGUGUAUUUCCACAAUAACUGGAAAUAAAAUUAGUCAUAUUCAAUUCUCAUGUUUUGUACUGUUACUGAACCACUUUACUGGAAGUGUUGCAAUAGAAAGAAAAUACAUUAGUAGCUUAGUGUUUACAUGUUUACUUUGUUGGUUAUUUAAUAUUUAAAAUAUUUCAUUUACUGCACAUGUAAUGUCUGUUAUUCUAAGCAUAAUGAUGUAGUGACAAACUGCGUAAAUCACACUAUGUAUUUUUGACAUUAAUAUUGAGAUCUGAAAUAUAUAUUAAAACCAUGUUUAAAAGUGUA